GAUUCUUUUUCAGUGUGACUGCGCCACUGAAAAAGCUAAAUGUUUUUGUCGUGCGCAUUUCUUGGAGUUUGUCAUUACCGGGCUUCCUGUGAUGCCUAUUUAUGAGGGAGAAUAGGUACUACCAAAUAGUAAAACAAAACAUGGCGGAGAAAAGUGACAUGACCUUUGGUUACUUUAAGUCUAAUAGCCUUCCAAUUGAAAAACAUAGAGAGGAAAUUGUCAGAGCUGUUCAAAACAAUGAUUUCCUGGUAAUUGUUGGGGAAACUGGUAGUGGGAAGACCACACAGCUUUCGCAGUAUCUGCACUCUGCUGGGUUUACGAGAAAUGGUCAGAUUAUUGGAAUAACGCAGCCUAGGAGAAUAGCUGCCAUAUCUGUAGCUAAAAGAGUUGCAGAUGAAGUUAAUACGACAAUUGGACGUGAAGUAGGCUAUCAGGUGAGGUUUGAUGACUGUACCAGUGAUAAGACCUACAUCAAGUACAUGACAGAUGGGUGUUUGUUAAAAGAGUUUCUUGAAGACUCGACACUAUCCAGGUAUGCUGCUAUUAUACUGGAUGAAGCUCACGAAAGAAGUCUUGACACAGAUAUCCUCUUUGGCCUUGUUAAGAAGUUCUUUGUUGGGAAGAAAGGCAGAAAGAAUCCCAAAGUCAUUGCAAUGUCUGCCACGUUAAACCAUCAAAAGUUUGCCGAGUUCCUUGGUGCCUGUCCAGUCAUUGAGAUACCUGGUAGCAUAUUCUCUGUGAAAGAAAUUUACUGUGACUGUGUGACUGUAAGAGAUUUGAAAAAUCCAAGUUACUUAAAUAAGGUUGUAGAAACGGUGAUGACAAUCCACUCAGAAUACCCCCCUGGGGAUAUUUUAGUUUUCUUGACUGGACAAGAGGAAAUAGAGACAUGCUGUGACAGACUCUUCUAUAAAGCAGAGAAGAUUGACUACAACCACGAUGUGAAGAGUACUGAGGUGGAUGCUAUAAUUAUAUUACCUCUGUACGGUUCCAUGACAACAGAAUUACAGAGAAAGGUGUUUGACCCUCCUGAUCCUUCAGUUCGUAAGGUUGUGGUGGCAACGAAUAUUGCAGCCACAUCACUAACCAUUCAAGGCAUUAGAUAUGUUGUUGACAGUGGUUUUGUGAAGCAACUGUCAUGUAAUAGUAGGACAGGUCUCGACUCUCUUAAUGUUGUUUUAAUAUCAAGAUCUGAAGCAAUUCAAAGGAAAGGCAGGGCCGGUAGAACAGCAACAGGAACGUGUUUUCGAAUGUACACAAGAGAAGUAUAUUGUAAUUCGAUGGAUCAGGAGACAGUACCUGAAAUCCAGAGAACAAGUCUGUCUAGAGUUGUAUUGCAUCUGAAGUGUAUGGGUAUCAACGAUGUUGUCAGGUUCCAGUACAUCGAUCCACCAGAGGAACGAAUGGUUCUUGAAGCUUUAAAGCAACUUUAUUAUUUUGGUGCUAUCGAUAAGAAAGGACACGUCACUUUAUUAGGGCAUCGAAUGGUUGAGCUGCCGCUUUCACCGGGCCUUUCAAGAGCAGUCAUUAGCUCUUACGAUUUUGUCUGUGAAGAACUUGUAUUACCUGUUGCAGCCAUGCUUUCUGUAGAGCAAGUAUUUGCCAGUGGAAGUAGUAAAUCAAACUUGGCUAAAGUAUCAAGAAUCCAAAAAGAACUUGCAGAAGCCGCUGGGGGCACAAAUGACUUUGCUACAUUAUUAUACAUCUAUAAAGAGUGCAAUGAAAGUUCUUCGCCCACCAAGUGGUGUCGUGAUCAUUUUGUUCAUUGGAGAGCUUUAAAAUUGGCGGUUACUAUUCACCAUCAGCUUGAAAAUAUCCUUGUAAGACAG